AUGUCAACUGAAGGAGCCACGCAUUGUGAAUUUGGCGCACAACGAAGUGAACAUUCAGUAUCGCUAUGGCUCCAAAUUCCGGGUGAAAAGCGUUCUUAUCAUCACCUGGGAAGGAGGCGACCGGAAAACUCGGAUUCUGAAGGCAAUCUCUUUCAACUGGCGUUAAUCAUCGGUGACUCGAUGACCUUUGCACAUUUCGUUUACAGUAAACUCAACUCCAACGACUAUGCUGUGGCUGGAUUUUCUGCGAUGAACUCAUCAUACUCGCUACCGGAUUCGGCCACACAUGAUGCGAUGCUUCUCUCGGAGAAGAGCGACAUCGGCAUACCAGGAGAAUGGCUCUUCAGAGUUGACGGUCGUCAGAUAUACCUCUGCGGGGCAGGUUUCAAAGGGCUUGAAUGUAUCGACAGUUGUGCACCAUCGCAAUGGUUCAACGACUGCUCAAUGAGCUGUCAUUGUGACGGUGGUGAUCCGUGCGAUCAAGAAACGGGUCGAUGCCCGAAUGGUCGAUGUUCACCGGGAUGGAAAGGCGCUCCCAUCUGCGAUGAAGAUGAAGACGAAUGCGAAAGGGCUGACGUGUGCCCGUCAGCUCAGCCAGAUUGUUUGAAUACUCCCGGAUCUUACCUAUGUAUCUGCUUUGAAUAUGAUGAACAAAAUAAACGCUGUAAAGGUUCAUCAAAACCAGAGUCAUCCGAAGAGAAGAUUCCAGUGGAAGUGAUACCUCUACAGCCAUCUUUUGGUCGAGCCACGCCUUCUACUAAGUCUCCCAUGGUCCGCAAUCGAUUCCAAUCCAUCACCCCAUCUACCACGUCAACGACCACCACUCAGCAAUCGACUACGACACGACCGACUACAACUUCGACGACGUCCACGACAACCCAAACGCAGCCCGUCACCGCCAAAGUGACAGAAUUCAAGCCGUCACCUCAAAACUGUCCACCUUGCGACAGCCACGCUUUUUGUCGUGAUGGGCAAUGUGUAUGCCAACCCGGCUGGAAAUCCUAUCAGAACAUAUGUGUCGAUGUUAACGAAUGUGCCGAAGAGCAUGUUUGUGGAUCCCACUCCACAUGUGUGAAUCGGCCGGGGAAGUUACGACUGUGUUUGUGA